AGUUUACUCUUUGUUGCACGCGCGCUGUGAGUGACGUCCAGAGCGCGUGGACCAUAACAGCAGCGGAGGAGGUGACGGUCGGAGGUGGCUUGCUUCUUGCACGUGUGGAGCCAAUGUGAGGUUCGAUGGAUGUGUAGCGUAAGGGGCCACUGUUAGCACAAUAUAUCAACAUUUGGGGAAUUAGAUUUUCUCUAGUUAAAUAUAUCUUGGUCGUGGACGACACGUUUAAAGAGAAACUGUCGCUGAAGAUUAUUGCGAUACAUGAGCGCAAUGAUGAAAUACAUCCUGGUAACUGGUGGAGUCAUCUCCGGCAUUGGCAAAGGUAUCAUAGCGAGCAGCGUGGGCACAAUCCUCAAGUCAUGUGGUUUGCGUGUAACGGCCAUCAAGAUUGAUCCGUACAUCAACAUAGACGCAGGCACUUUUUCUCCCUAUGAACACGGCGAGGUGUUCGUACUCGACGACGGCGGUGAGGUGGACUUGGACCUGGGGAACUAUGAACGCUUCCUUGAUAUCCGGCUCACACGGGAUAACAAUCUGACAACAGGAAAAAUCUAUCAGUCAGUCAUCAACAAGGAGAGGAGGGGAGACUACCUGGGCAAGACCGUGCAGGUGGUUCCACAUAUUACAGAUGCCAUCCAGGAAUGGGUUGUGAAACAGGCCAAAGUGCCAGUUGAUGAUGAUGAAGUCGAGCCUCAAGUCUGUGUGAUCGAGCUUGGAGGCACUGUUGGAGACAUCGAGAGUAUGCCGUUUGUUGAGGCCUUCAGACAGUUCCAGUUUAAAGUGAAGAGAGAGAACUUCUGCAACAUUCACGUCAGUCUGAUACCACAGCCGAGUGCAACAGGGGAGCAGAAAACCAAACCGACCCAGAACAGCGUCCGAGAACUGAGAGGUCUCGGUCUUUCUCCAGACCUGAUUAUGUGCCGCUGUUCGACUGCUCUGGAGAAUUCUGUCAAAGAGAAAAUCUCAAUGUUCUGUCACGUAGAACCUCAACAGGUCAUCUGUGUGCACGAUGUCUCUUCCAUUUAUAGAGUGCCCUUACUCCUGGAAGACCAGGGCGUGGUGAGCUACCUGAGCAGGAGACUGAACAUGCCCAUUGAGACUAAAUCCAGGACCAUGCUCACCAAGUGGAAGGAGAUGUCAGACAGGUCAGACCGGCUGCUGGAGCAGUGUUCCAUAGCUCUGGUGGGGAAGUACACAAAGUUUUCUGACUCCUACGCCUCAGUCAUAAAGGCUCUGGAGCACUCUGCAUUAGCCAUCAACCACAAGCUGGAAGUGAAGUACAUAGAUUCAGCAUAUUUGGAACCAGGAACUUUGCAGGAGGAGCCGGUGAAAUACCACGAGGCCUGGCAGAAACUCUGCAGUGCUGAUGGCAUCCUUGUUCCUGGAGGUUUUGGUGUUAGAGGAACUGAGGGGAAGAUUCAGGCCAUCAGCUGGGCCAGGAAACAGAAAAAACCCUUCUUAGGUGUGUGUCUUGGGAUGCAGCUGGCUGUGUGUGAGUUUGGCAGGAAUGUUCUUGGCUGGACAGAUGCCAACUCGACUGAAUUUGACCCAGAAUCACUUCAUCCUGUGGUGAUCGACAUGCCAGAACACAACCCGGGGCAGAUGGGCGGCACAAUGAGGCUCGGGAAGAGACGAACCAUUUUUAAGACCUGCAACAGCGUUCUGCGAAAACUUUAUGGGGACGCAGACUUCGUGGACGAGAGACACAGACAUCGCUUUGAGGUCAAUCCAGAUCUGAAGAGCCACUUAGAAGACAAAGGGUUUCGGUUUGUAGGUCAGGAUGUGGAUGGAGAGAGGAUGGAGGUCAUCGAACUGGACGAUCACCCGUACUUUGUUGGCGUGCAGUACCACCCAGAGUUCACGUCUCGUCCCAUUAAGCCGUCACCUCCGUAUCUUGGCCUGCUCCUAGCUGCUGCAGGGAAGCUCCAGAGCUUCUUGCAGAAGGGCUGCCGUCUGUCUCCACGAGACAUGUACAGCGAUCGGAGCGGCAGCAGCACCCCCGACUCUGAAAUAUCAGAACUGAAGUUUCCUACAGUUACAGAUUCUGCUUGAUUUGACAGAAAAGUGCUACUUUUUAUAAUUUGGACUGAAGACCGGCAGCAGCUUUAUAAUGACACUGGAACACCUCCAGAUAUGCAUAUGUAAUAGACCUGUGUAACCUUUAGUGCUGCAUGUUGUCAUCAUUGUGUUACGAUCCAGCUUAUUCUUAGCCCCCAUGGUGCCUUGCAUGAAUUAUGGGUAUGACUUCCGGUGCGGACCAGAACCGGCAUUCAGUCAGUUUGUCAUUCGCACCUCAUGUGGUGGAGCGAAAUUAUGUCCACAUGGUCCCAGUUACAUCCAACAAAAUUUAAAAGAUAAACAGCAACAUCAUCUAACAUAUGAACUAUUUAUGCGCGAACAGUACGAGCUAAUGUAGUUCCUUCAAGCGUUGAAGAUUUAAUUUUAACAUGUAGGAACACCUGUCAUUUCACACAGGGCAAUAUAAAAUCGUACCACGGCCUGAGGACGAGCUGAAGUGGCUGCAGAUUACAUUUAGCAUAUUUACAGUGAGGAAAAUAAGUAUUUGA